CCCGGAGCAAUCACCGGAGGCGGUCCUCGGCUACGGCGCCCCCGUCAACCCUCCGAUUGGGAGACUAUCAGUAUUUGGGGGUUCAGCCCCAUCGGCCGUUGGGGCCCCUCUCGCCAAUUCCAGGCACCCCAAAUACCCCAAUGUCUCUGUCUCGCAGCCCAUCUCCCAUCCCGGGCGGCGGCUGGACGAGCCCGGGCCUCAACAUUCCGAGCGGUCGAUCGAGCCCGGCGACAGCGUUCCCGGGAUCGCGCGGUACACCAGCCAUGUGGGAAUCCUCCAGGCUAAGAAAGGGCGCCGGUCCUUCGUACCCUUCCUUCUCGACCAGGAGCCAGAGCUUCUUUGGACGACACAUGCGCCGCCUCUCCAGCAGCCUUCCGCGCUUUGGCUCGAGCCUAUACUACGCCGAUAAGGAGAAACUUGGCCGUGGCAGGUGGUCUGUCCAUGACGUGCCGCUACUCGGGCGGGUCAGAGGGAUCAUGGCCCGCAUGGGGAGGAAGAUGAAGAUCAGAAUAUUAAUCCUGCUUGCGUUCCUGCUAUCCGUCAUCAUAUUCUACAAUAGCCCCCUUGUAUAUCACUGGCGGAGGUCGCCCUGGUUUGGGGAGGGCAAGAAGUUUGUGAUAUUGCUCGGGGCCAAUGUCGGCGGCGGCGUGAUGGACUGGAAGGGUGCGCGAGAAUGGGCGAUCGAACGCGACUCGGUGAAAAAUAAGAAGAAAUAUGUUGCUCGUUGGGGGUACGAGCUCGAAAUCGUUGACAUGAGCACCAAGAAACGGUAUGCGCACGAGUGGCGCGAGAGCUGGGAGAAGGUCGAUCACGUCCGCACGGCCAUGAGGAAGUAUCCCGAAGCCGAGUGGUUUUGGUGGCUUGACCUGAAUACGUUCAUCAUGGAGCCGUCGUACUCGCUCCAGGAUCACAUCUUCAACAAGCUUGAAAAGCACGUCUACCGGGACAUCAACGAAUACAACCCCCUCAACAUUACCCACCCCUUCACCGAGCCCUGGCUCGAUGCCGAGGAGCGAAGCCCCGUAGGCGACGGUAAGGUCGGCUCCAUCAACCUCAUCCUGUCGCAGGACUGCUCCGGCUUCAACCUGGGCUCCUUCUUUGUCCGGCGAAGCGUGUGGUCGGACCGGCUGCUCGACAUAUGGUGGGACCCGGUGGCGUAUGAGCAGAAACACAUGGAGUGGACGCACAAGGAGCAGGACGCGCUGGAGCAGCUGUACGUCUCGCACCCGUGGGUGCGGAAGCAUACCGCUUUCCUGCCCCAGCGCAUGAUCAACAGCUUCCCCGAAGGGGCGUGUGCCGAGAACGGAAUCGACCCGAGGAUCCACUAUAACCAGAAGGACCGGGACUUCCUCGUCAACAUGGCCGGCUGCGAGUGGGGCCGCGACUGUUGGGGCGAGAUAUACCAUUUCCGCGAGCUCAGUUACUACCUCAACCGGAACCCGUGGGAGCGCUUCAAGGAAGACAUUGUUGCCGAGAUCUGGUUCAAGCUCACGGGGAAGAGGGUGAAGCUCUAAAGGACGCCCGGCCCGCCGCUGUCGGAACUUGAGAUGGAGACGUCGCAUAUUUUUUUUUCUUUUUCUUUCUGUCUUUGGCGUUGUGCCCUGCUUGGGGGGGCUCGCUUGCGGUCCAUAGGUGUGGACAUUCCAUCGCCGGCCCGCCAGCAUUACUGGAGAAGCUCGGCAUCUGAGAUACGUUACCACCAUCCCGAGCAGGCAUCGAGAUUUGGUCUGCUGAGAAAGCCGGGGUUCUUUUCCUUUUUCCCUGGGCAGGUUCACACCCAAACUGGAUCUGGAGUGGCGGGGUCGGCAGGUCAUUAGGUUCGGGAUGCUGCAUUGUGUGGACUUAUUGAAUGUUUCCCCUGAUGCGUUGAUGAAGUCACGGAGGGGAUUGUUGUUCAACACGUUUUGGGGACGAGGCAGGGGAGUUUUCCCGUACGCCGGGACGUGAGGGAACGCAAGACGGGUGCUUGCUUUCCUACCGAUCCCAGUCCGGGAGCGCCUCCGCUGUCCGACACUAAUUACUUACUAAAUGACUUCCACACUAGACCAUCUUCUCGAGGUUCCGCGCGAACCCGAUUUAGAUCAACUCAAGAGAUAGAGGACGACAUAUAGACGGAUCUCGGGUUGUUAUAGUUAACGGAGAGUCCAACCCAGACGAUGCAGAAGAUGCGCGUGUGCGACCAGAUCAUGGUCAGGAAGAGCUUUGUUAUACGAAGUAUGCGCUCCAUGUUGGGUGCUGUGCUCUUCGAGUGCUGAACACGAACCGCAUGCGGCGG